GUUUAUUAAUUCAUAUGAAACAAAUCACAUAAAUCUGACCAACAGACAGUCACUAUUUAUUUAUUUCAGUCCCAAGACCGAGUCGUUGGCUGCCAUUCUCCCGUCAUGAAAAUCCAUCUCAUACUUUCCUCUAUUUUAACCCUUCAAGUAAUCCAGUGCAAAAAAAUCCUCUUUCUAAUCCCAAUCUCGACAUUAAGUCAGAAACACUUCUUCCAACCAUUAAUUAACACUCUGGCCUCACAUGGUCACCUCAUAACUGUAAUUACCAACGUACAAAACCCCACUCGGAAUGGUAAUGUGACUGAAAUAAUUCCCAUCUCCAUCCACGAGGCCUUCUCUGAUCAAGAAGACAUCACAAAAAUUCCAUCCAAAUGGGACAUCAGUUUCUUCGACAUGAACCAAUAUACCCACAUUCUCGACAAGAUCUACACUCAUCCAGAAUUCCAGGAGGCCGUUCUUGACACCAAAUAUGACUUAAUUUUCCUCAAUCUCUACUUCGGACAAGCGUUUUUCGGCCUCGUCCACAAGAUCGGAUGCCCCUUCAUCCUCCUACACACAUACCCCGCGGCCAACUAUUACCUUAAAGAUCUAGGAAUGUAUAUGCCUCCAUCUCACGUUCCGUUCCCAACCUUCGACUUGACCGAUAGAAUGACAUUUUUAGAAAGAGUACAGAAUUACGUUGUGGAUUGGGGCGUCUAUUUUCAAGUCGAGUAUAACCAUAUUCCCGCCUUUGAGUCUAUUUACCGGAAACAUCUCGGCGCUGAUCUGCCGUCUGUUCGAGAAAUUCACCGAAAUGCCAGCCUGGUUAUGAUGAAUACGCAUUUUCUCACGAACCACCACCGACCCCUUAUGCCUGACGUGGUGGAAAUUGGAGGACUCCAUUGCCACGAUCCUAAACCUUUAUCCCACGACCUUGAACAAUUUGUGACAAGUCCACCUCUCAAUAAUGGAUUUAUCCUGAUAAGCUUCGGUUCAGUUUUGAACGGGACAUCGUUACCAGAAUCUAUUCGUCAAAAAUUUAUCUCAACGUUUUCUCGUCUCAAACUACGUGUCAUUUGGAAAUGGGAAACGGAACAAAUGGAUAAUUUACCUAGUAAUAUUAUCCUCAAGGCCUGGCUUCAACAGCAAGAUAUUUUAGGCCAUCCAAAUUGUCGCCUAUUUAUUUCACACGGUGGCCUCCUCAGUACGCAGCAAGCCAUGUACCAUGGCGUUCCAUUAAUCUCCUUCCCUUUCUUUUUUGACCAAUUAGCAAACGCCAAACUCAUCGCACAACAGGGUAUCGGGAUAGAGAUGGAUAUUUGGAAUUUUACCGAGGACGAGUUGGAAGUUGCUAUUCGACAAGUUUUAGAUCAGCCAAAGUAUACCGAACGGGUCAAACUUUUUUCAAGGCUUUUCAAAGAUCAGAUAAAUUCACCAAUGGAACGAGCAAUUUUCUGGACGAACCACGUACUGAAAUAUGAUGGAGCCCCACAUCUUAGAUCGUCGGCAAGAAGUCUAAAUUAUUUAGAAUUGCAUUCCAUUGAUGUAAUCGUGUUUCUAUUGUCGCUGCUUUGUACAGCGGUUAUGCUUGCUUACUGUUCUAUUAAGUUAUUCAGACGUAUCCUCUGCAAUAGACGUAGUAAGGAAAAGUUUGAAUAAAUUAAUAACUAAAUUAUAUUUAUUUCUAAAUACGGAAUUGCAAUAUUGUGAAAAAUUUAGUGACCCAGGGUGAAUCCAACUCACGUCUUUUGAAUACAUGUCUUCGCAACAAUAUGUGUGUACCAGGGUACGAUCAUAUCAAAUUCGAAUUUUUUGCCAGUUUCUAAAUAUCGAUAUAUGUAUAUUAUAUCCCAACAAAAUUCGAAUUUUCAAACAAUUUUAAAAAUGGAGUUAUAUGUUGCAAAGGAAGUAAUUACCGAUAUACUGGAACGUCCAUCCAGAUUCGGAAGCAAAAAUAAGUAUUUUUUAAAUAAAAUUUCAUAUUGGCAAACAA